AUGCGUGGGGCAGAGUUCUACCAGAUAUUCUCGGGGCUUGAUGAUGGCAUCUCUUCAUUCAGUAUUCACACCGCUGCUUCACACUCUGCAAACCUCAUUCCCUACCUAACUGACUCAAAGAGCCUGCUCCAUCACCCCACCUUCAUGGCUGUAAUGUGCAAGGCUGAUUAA